AGUGGAGGGCACUGUAUGAUAUGCAAAAAAUAGGACUAGAUCAUUUCUAAAAAUGUUGGCUGAAUCAUAUCAACAAUAUAUACAGUAAUACAUGUGCAGUCUAAAGCAUCAAUUAUUGUUUUUCCCUCAACAUCUGUGUCAAAACACCUCAAGUCUUUCUGUAUGUCAGAACUCUGCACGUCAGCAAUGUAGUGACAGUUAAAUCUGUUCGUCACAGGAAGUGCAAGUGUGUAGUAAAUAGAGCCGCUGGUGUCAGAGUGCACGCAAAGCUCACAUUGCUUCAUACUCCACCUGACUCUAAACCCAACCACUCAGCUCUGUCAGUUUUGAGGCCUGUUGUAUUCUUAUAAACAUAAGAAGUUGGAUUGCUAGAGAGGAACGAUUGUCAUCAACGCUAGCUUCAGGACCAUGAGAUUGUGGUUCUCGCCAGUAUUGUGCAUCUGAACCCUCCAGAACAGCAUGGGCAGUCGCCCCAGUAAAGAUCGGCACGGGUCUAAUGCACAUGCAGCACUUUUGGGCCCAGAGGAGAGCGCCGGUUCAUUGUCCUUAGACAGUGGUAGAUACGUGGUGGUGUCCCUGUAUGACUAUCCGUCCAGAGGUCCAGAUGACUGCACCAUCACAGUGGGAGAGAGGCUGAACAUUUUGUCCGAUGAAGGUGAAUGGUGGAAAGUAAGUUCAUCGGCCACAGGAAAGGAGAGCUACAUCCCCAGCAACUACACGGCUAGAGUGUACAACAGGUGGCAGUUUGUAGGUCUCAACAGACGGAAAGCAGAAGAACUGUUGCUUCUCCCUCAUAAUCAGGCCGGAUCUUUUCUCAUCAGAGAGAGCGAGACCUAUCCAGGCACCCACACAUUGUCUGUGCGUAGGAGCGGGUCGCAGGAACACGCUUCUGUCAAACACUACCGUAUCAACUGCAUUGAGAAUGGAUGGAUGUACAUCUCUCUGGGACUCACUUUCCGAACCCUCUCAGACCUGGUCGCACACUAUUCGGUAUCGGACGGGCUGUGCUGUACACUGGGAGAGCCCUGUUUCAUCCACGGCUCUAACAAUGUUCCCGUGGUAACCGGCCCUCCGGUAGCCAUAAAGAGGCCCACGAUUAACUGGAAAGAUGUGAACAGAUCCAUGAUCUUUGGGAAGGGUAAAGAUGGCGCAGAAGAGUCUCUGGUGAGCGAAGGGUUAAAGGAAGCGAUGAACUCUUACCUCUACAUGACAGAAGAGUGCGAGGACUGCUGUAUGAUUGCUGACUGCUGAUGGGCACGAGGGGUCAAAGACGGGCAUGAGCUGAAGCUAGUCGUGAGAUUCUUGGGUGGUCACCUAGUCUGAAACUUUAUGAUGGGACGAUGGUAAUGGGACCAAAACCAACCCAGCAAAGGCUCUUUUUCAGAUUUCCAUGGCUCUAAAACACAUCGGUGUAUUUACGCGCAUCUCAAUCGAAGAGAUACACAAUAACCGUACCCAGCGAACUGAUGGUGCGGAGCCAAGCGCGCUGAGUCAUUGCUGUUCUUCCAGAGUGGGUGCUGGAGAUAAAGAUGUCACUCGUUCCUGGCGGACAUGAAAGAGAAACUGAAUGAAGGAAAGACGGAGAGGAGUGAGCGAGUGGGAGGGGGAACACAGCUGGGAGACGUACACAUCCAUUUCCAUGUCACUUGUACUGGAACUUUUCUUUGUUUAUUAGUGUCCGCAGAAACAAAUGUGACUAUUUUGUGUAGCCGAAUUAUGAUUUUAUGAAAUAUGAGAUUCAAAACAGGAUUUGUUUUCUACUAAUCAUUACUAAAAAGUGUAUUUAUGAAUUAAAAUGUAAAUGUGAAUUAUUGUGCAUAUCUCUGUUUUAAUGUAACGUGCUUGAUAAACAAGGGCAUCUUUGUUUUCGUACAAGAGUACCUUGAAUGAGGCGUUUCCUGUCAGACUUUGCACCCAUUGUCUUGUUCAUACAAAAAGAACCGCAGUUUUGUGCUGCAGGAAAUGAAGACUUGAGAUCUUUGAAGGUUUCUGCAUGCAUGCGGUUUGCUUUCAGGCUGCAAGGGAAUAUUUGUACCAAUCGAUCUUGGAGCUUCAGCAUUUUUUAAACGGAUUGUGUUUUUCUGAUAAGAAUUAUUCUUUUGGUUAAGCUGUGGCACAUAUCCUAUGAAAACACUGAGAUCCAAUAAGAGUGAUGACACCAUUUUCCACUCGAACAUUAUCUUGUGUGUUGACAAAAAUUUCCAUUGAGUCCAGUAAUGCUGACAGGCUUUAUAGGUUCCUCUACAUGUGACGUAAAAGUGAUGACAGCAUUGAUGUUAACUCUAGCGGUGUCGGUUACAUCGCUGUGCCCUCUAGGGACUACAUAUAAACCCCAUCCUUUAAUGAAGGGUAUUACAUGCAAUACGUUUCAGUUCAUGUUUAACUAACAGCUAUUAUAAAAGUGGUAACACUUUACAAUAAGGUUGUAUUUGUUAACAUUAUUGUUCAUUGUUAGUUAAUGCAAUUACUAUAGCUUUCCAGCAUGUAUUAAUCCAUUUUAA